UCGACCUUGAGGUGACGUCUCAAGGUCAGUCACUUAAAACACCUUUGCCUUUAUAUUUUAUAUACCUUUUUUAAGGCUGCUUGUAUUUGUACUGUUAUUGGUCCUUUGAUAUAAAUUAUUGUGUUACUAUUAUAUUAUCAUCUUGAGUCGAUUAAGUGGAUGUAGAUCAAUGUAGAUAUUAUACUGGUAGAAAACAAGAUGCAAUAUGCAAAAAAACAUACAUCAGACAAUUGCUGAUUGCUGUCUCAAACAUUUCAAUGGUCUUCCAAGAGCUAAAAAGCCUAAAGAAAAUGAGUGGACAGUACUUUCAUGUAUUGUAAAACAAGAAUUUUGUAAUUUUCAAGUGGUAGCUUUAGGUACAGGUACCAAAUGCAUUGGUAGAACAAAAAUGUGUGCGAAGGGUACAAUACUUAAUGACAGUCAUGCAGAAAUAAUAUGUAGAAGAGCAUUUUUGCGAUAUUUGUAUGGCGAAAUGGGAAAGACCACUUCUAUUUUUAAUUUUGAUAGAAACAAACAAAGACAUUAUUUAAAACCUAAUAUCUAUUUUCAUUUUUUUACAACUCAUGUUCCUUGUGGUGACGCAGCAAUAUUUGAGAAACAAACCGUAGAUGAUAAUUUUGGAGAUGUUAUAGAAGAUGAACAGUUUGAUCAUUUACAAAAAAGGCUUAAAACUGAGAGAGGAGUUAUUUUUAGGACAGGAGCAAAAUCAUUCACGGAAAGCAUAAAAUGUGAUUUAAAAUGCAGGGAAUCUGAUUAUCAUUCUAUUGGAAUAGUUAGAACAAAACCAGGUAGAGGUGACCCUACUAUGUCUGUGUCUUGCAGUGACAAGUUGGCAAAAUGGUGUCAUUUAGGAAUACAAGGGGCUCUGUUAAUGACUUUUCUGGAAUAUCCAAUAUAUUUAUCCACAUUUACUAUAGAUCAAAACACACCAUUCGACGAGGAUGCCUUAAAAAGAGCUCUUUAUGAUAGACUAGGAACCGUUUCUUUAUCAUUUCCUUUUGAAAGGCAUAUUCUGCAAUGUGGUCAAGCAAAUAUAAAUUUUCCAUUUGGCAAAUCUGAAGAAAAACAACCGAGCCCUGAUAGCAUUUUGUGGUUUUCAAUUGGAAACGAUGGGUUUUUAGAGGUAGCUGUAGAUGGCAAAAAACAAGGCACUACUAAGAAAAAUAUGCAUUCAGUAAAAGCGCAACUAAAAAUUUGUAAACUACAAAUUUUCAAUGCAUUUAUUACUAAACUUGACGAAUGUAAUAUUAGAUUAUGUAGUGAUGUUGAAAACAAAAACUUGACAUAUAUAGCUGCAAAAAAUGUGUGCAAAGGUUACAACGAUAACUGGAGAAAUUUGAAAGAUAGUUUUGGUGUAUGGACAUCAAAGCAGUCAACGUUACUUGAUUUUACUGUAUAAUUUAUUUAAUAUACAUUUAAACAAGUACUUGAAUAUUUUUCAUUUGCACUAAGAGUUUAUAAAAAGUUUCAUCGUAAAUUAUAAAUUUUAAUAAAUUAAAUUAUAAGCCAAUAAAUUGGAAAUAUCCUAAAUAUUUUUAACCUAAAAAGAAUAGAGAAAUGGUCUGUUGCAUAUUAUUUCAAUAUUAAUAUAAACAAUGUUUCCAACUGACAGUUUAUAUAAUUAAGAAAUAUAAAAAACAAAUUUUAAGAAAAUAUAAUACAUGGUGAAAGAAAGCAGUUUAGUUCUUUUUUUACAGACAUCAACUACCAUAGGCUAUAAAAUUAAAUAUGUAUAAUCCAGUAGUUAAAAUUCCAUUAUUUGACGUUCUAACAUAACUAAUCACAAAAAGUAGAAAUUAAAAAGUAUUAUUUAUUUCUACAGAAAAAACGCCAGUUCCUUUAAAAGUUGGCAUAAUAUCUGUUAUUUCCAGAUAUGCAUAUCCUAAAUAAAUAAAACCACUAAAACGUCAACAAAA